AACACCACCAUCUCUCUCUCUCUCUCUCUCUCUCUCUCUCUAUCUGUGUCUCCAACUCUUUAGUCUUUACCUCUUCACUCUUUUCGCCGUACAUAUUACUUUUCUGAGCCCCCAACCCUUUCUUCUUCAGCGGCCAAAAGCGCUUUCCCAUCUGCUGCUCUCCGAAGCAGAAGCAGAAGCAGAAGCAGAAGGUGUGUGGGUGUAGUAGGAGGAGAAGGGGCCGGAGGAGAUGCGGGGGGUUUUUGAAAUUCAAAUUCCCGUAUGGAGUGGGUGGGCAUUGGGAUCCGUGCUGCUCUUCUUCCUGCUGUUGUUGGUGGACGGGCGCUGCUCCGCCUUCCAGUACAAAGUGGGGGAUCUGGACGCCUGGGGGAUCCCCCCUCCCUCCAAGCCCGACGUCUACUCCCUCUGGUCCCACGCCCACCACUUCCAACUCGGCGACUCUCUCCUGUUCCUGUACCCGCCGAGUCAGGACUCGGUCGUGCAGGUGACGGAGAAGGCGUUCAACAGCUGCAGUCUGUCGGAUCCGAUCCUCAAGCUGAGCGCCGACGGCAACUCCGUCUUCAACCUGACCGCGCCCGGACGGUUUUACUUCACCAGCGGCGUCCCCGGCCACUGCGACAACCAUCAGAAGCUCGCCGUCGACGUCCCCUCCGCCAACGGCACCUCCUUCUUCCCCCCCGCCCAAGGCCCCUCCCCCUCCGCCUCCGCCUCCGCCGCACCCGCCGCCGCGUCGCCGUCGUACCCGCUCCUCUUCGGCCCCUCCGCCGCGCAGGAGUCCGCGGCGUCGCCCGCCGGAGGCUCGGCCGCUCUAGCAAUGGGAUCUGUGAUCGCCGUCGCCUUGCUCUUCAUCGUUUGAGUGAUAACAGUACUGUAUAUCAGACGCUCCCUCAAGUUUUUUUUUUUUUUUU